CGCCCCGCCCCUCACCACCCCCCCCCCCCCCCCCUGGUAAAAUGGCGGCCAUGCAGAAGGCAGCUUCGCCAAUUCACCACCAACAACAACAACAACAGCACCACAACAACAACAACGGCCAACACCACCACCACCCUCCUCCGCCUCCUCCGCCGCCGCCUCCUCUAUCCCCUCCGCCGACAUCGUCACCAUCGUCGACGGCGACUUCCCCUCACCAUCACCUCCAUCACCACCACCACCAUCACCACAGUCAGCCCCAGCCGCAGCAGCAGCCACAGCAACAACAGCCACAGCAGCCGCAGCUGUUGCAGGGCAGAACGGCGCCGGUACGGAUCGGCUACUACGAGAUCGAGAGAACCAUCGGCAAGGGGAACUUCGCCGUGGUGAAGCUCGCGACACACAUCAUCACCAGGGCCAAGAGUGGGGCAGCACUGCACUGACGUCAGUGGAGUGGAUUCGGCCUCGUCGUGAGAGAGGAGCGGCGACUCUCACCUGGGAGCCAGCGGUCGUCUGUCCGCGGUGAAGCCCGCGGGGGUUAGCGGGUCGUGCCCGCUGCGCUACGAACCCCGGCCACCCGAGUGCGAUUCCGCCGCUGGGGAGACAAAGGCGGCCGGGCGCGGU